AAAGUGUGCAAUGGCGUUCGUUGUUGAUGUUUACUGUUGAAAAUCUCAAUUAUUUCUUAUAAACUUAAGUCUAUUAUUUGUAUCAUUAUUUUUGAAAAUUUGUCAUAAACAAAGAAGUCAUGUCUAGUGCAGCAGCAAACUUAGCUCUACUUCAGAGCCAAAUCCAGUCUACAGCUGGUGCCAUACCUGUAGUCAAUGAAAAAGGUGAAAUAUCUAUGCAAAAGGUGAAGGUCUUCAGAUAUGUAUCUGGUAGAAGACCUAAAUAUGCUCCUGAAGAGAGCAGUGAAGAAGAAAGUGAUGAUGAGUUUCCGUUUGAAAAGAAACCAAUAACAACAGCUCCAGAGCCAGUGCUUGUAGAUGAUGAAGAAGCAUUAAAAUCAGAUCCAAGGCUUCGUAGGCUGUUGAAAAAAGAUGAAGAGGAAGAAGAAGAGGAGGAGGAUAGGAUUGAACGCCAUCGUCAUAUUCAUGAGCCGGUGGUUGUUGAAGAGAUGAGUGAAGAAGAAGAGGAGCGAGACAGACCUACUCGAUGGAAAGAUGAAGAAGAGAGUAGUGAUGAAGAAGAAUUAGAUGAUGCGGAAAUUGAAAGCAGAAGAAUGAUGCUGAGGAUGAAAGCUCAAGUAAAAGCACCGGAAGAAGAGUUACUGGACUUAGAAGACGAUGAGCAUAAGUCAGAACAAGAACAGACUGAAGAAUCUGAUUAUGAGGAGUAUUCUGAUUCAGAAGAGGAAGUAGAACAGCGUUUAAAACCAGUUUUUGUUAGAAAGAGAGACCGUGUUACAGUUCAAGAUAAGGAGCAACAAGCUCAAAAGGAAAAAGAACAAGAAAUAUUGGCAAAGAAAUUAGCAGAAGAACGGCGGCGUCAGACCUUAAAGAUGGUUGAAGAAGAGGCUAAGAAAGAGUUGAUGGAACAGCAGGAAGUUCAAUGUGCUUCUGACUUAGUUAUCACUGAUGAUGAAAAUGAUGAAGCUGCAUAUGAAACCUGGAAACUUCGGGAAUUGAAGCGAAUCAAACGUGAUAAGGAUAUCAGAGAAAAUUAUGAGAAAGACAAGAUGGAGAUUGAGAGAAUACAUAGUAUGACUGAGGAAGAAAGACGUGCAGAGCAAAGGGCUAAUCCUCGCCUGGUUACGAAUAAAGCUGCAAAAGGAAAAUACAAGUUUCUACAGAAAUACUACCAUCGUGGUGCCUUCUUCUUGGAUAAUGAAGAUGAUGUAUACCGUAGGGAUUUCUCUGCACCAACACUUGAAGAUCACUUCGACAAAACUAUCCUUCCAAAAGUUAUGCAAGUCAAAAAUUUUGGUCGUUCUGGAAGAACGAAAUAUACCCACUUGGUUGAUCAAGAUACAACAGUAUUUGAUUCACCUUGGAUGGCUGAAACCGCACAAAAUAUUAAAUUCCAUCACAAUCAAGCUGGUGGAAUGAAGCAGAAUUUCGAAAGACCAUCUGCUAAGAAGAGGAAGAAGUAAACUGUGUUUAUGGAUUAUUUAACUGUAUUGAAACUUCAGAAGUGGUGACUGGGUUUGCUUCAUUUUUUUUGUAAAUAGUCGAUGUUAUGUAAAUAAAAAAUUGGAACCA